AUGGCGGAUACUACUCAAGCGCCCGAGGUUGACUACACCCUCAACAACCCUGACACCUUGACCAAGUACAAGACCGCUGCUCAGAUUUCGCACAAGGUGCUCGAGGCCGUCACUGCUCUGUGUCUCGAGGGCGAGAAGAUUGUCGAGAUCUGCCAGAAGGGUGACCAGCUCCUCGAUGAGGAAAUCGCCAAGGUCUACAAGGGCAAGAAGAUCGCCAAGGGUAUCUCUCACCCCACUACCGUCUCUCCCAACUCCUAUGUGACUCCCUACACUCCUCUGGUGUCCGAUGCCGCCGAGGCCGAGACCACCCUGAAGGCUGGUGAGAUCGUCAAGAUCCAGCUGGGUGCUCAGAUCGAUGGAUUCGGUACCAUUGUCUGCGACAUGCUCGUCGUUGCCAAGAAGGACUCCGCCAAGGAAGUUGUCACCGGCCGCGAGGCUGACCUCAUCCUCGCAACCCACUACGCCAACGAGCUCCUCCUGCGCCUGAUGAUUCCCCAGGCGCCCCCUACCCAGGCUCACAUCUCCUCUCUCCUGGAGAAGGUCGCCAAGGCCUACGACUGCAAGCUUGUCGAGAACACCACCAGCUGGCUGUUUGACCGCAACGAGAUCGAAGGCACCAAGAAGAUUAUCCUGGCCCCCGGCGACGGUGUCCGUGGCGAUGGUGUCCCCGAGGUCGGUGAGGUCUGGGGUGUUGAGAUCGGUCUCAGCUUGGGUUCCGGCAAGGUCAAGAACCUCGACCACCGUGCUACCCUGCACCGCCGUACCACUACCACCUACAUCCUGAAGCGCCCCAGCUCCCGCCAGACUCUGUCCGAGGUUGUCAAGAAGUUUGGCACUUUCCCCUUCAGCUUGCGCCAGCUUGAAGACGAGAAGGCCGCCAAGGUCGGUGUUGUCGAGUGUGUCCGUAACGGUGUCCUGCGCCAGUACGAGCCCGCUGGCGACGCCGAGGGCGCCGCCGUCUCUCGUCUCCUGUCUACCAUUGCCAUUACCAAGAACGGUCUCACCAAGCUUGCUGCUCCCACCAUUGACCUGGAGCAGUUCAAGUCCGACAAGAAGAUCGAGGAUGAGGAGAUCUUGAAGAUCCUUGAGCAGCCCCUGGCCCGUUCCACCGGCAACAAGAAGAGCAAGAGCAAGAAGAAGAAGACCGCCGGUGGUGAGGAGUAA